GUGCAUAUGAGCGCGGGGCGGGGGGGUGGGGGGGGCCGAGCCCGCGGCGGCGGCAGCGCAGGAGCCAUGAAGACCCCUGCGGACGCAGGCUUCGCCUUCCCGGACUGGGCCUACAAGCCAGAGUCGAGCCCGGGCUCGCGGCAGAUCCAGCUGUGGCACUUCAUCCUGGAGCUGCUGCGCAAGGAGGAGUACCACGAUGUCAUCGCCUGGCAGGGCGACUAUGGCGAGUUCGUCAUCAAAGACCCGGACGAGGUGGCGCGGCUGUGGGGCGUGCGCAAGUGCAAGCCCCAGAUGAACUACGACAAGCUCAGCCGGGCGCUGCGGUACUACUACAACAAGCGCAUCCUGCACAAAACCAAGGGCAAACGCUUCACCUACAAGUUCAACUUCAACAAGCUGGUGCUGGUCAACUACCCCUUCAUCGACAUGGGCAUGGCCGGUGGGCCUGUGCCACAGAGCGCGCCGCCAGUGCCGUCGGGUGCCUCGCACUUCCGGUUCCCGCCAGCCACGCCAGGUGAAGUGUUGUCACCAGGUCCAGAGGCCCCGCGCUCACCGGGUGUCUUUGCGGCCGUGGCACGGCGCCUGGCCCGCGGCUCAGUCAGCGACUGCAGUGAUGCCGCCUCGGCCGCCUCGGAGCUGGAGGAGCCUCUGGGCGAGGACCCACGCCGCCCACCUGGCCCCGACCCCUUCCGUGGGGGUCCCCCACUGCCCACCCACCCUCGCCUGGCACCUGAGGGGCUGUUCCGCGUGUACCCCCGCCCACCGCCCCGCGCUCCCGAGCCCCUCAGCCCCUUCCCUGUGUCGCCGUUGGCUGGGCCAGGCGCCCUACUGCCCCCACAGCUCUCACCUGCCUUGCCCCUGACGCCUGGGCAUGUGCCGUUCACACCCUCACCCACCCUCAGCCCCAUGUUCCCCGGCGGGUCCCACUUCUCCUUCAGCCCGGAGGACAUGAAGCGCUACCUGCAGGCGCACACGCAGAGCGUGUACAACUACCACCUCAGCCCCCGCGCCUUCCUGCACUACCCUGGCCUGGUGGUGCCCCAGCCCCAGCGCCCUGAAAAGCCCCCAGAUGAGCCUCCUGGCGCUGCCCCCUUCAAGUUCAAGCUGCAGCCACCACCCCCUGGGCGCCGCAAGGCUUCUACUGCUCUGUCCGAGCCUGUCCCGGCACCAACCCAGCCACCGCCACGCAUCAAAGUGGAGCCGGUGUCCGAGGGCGACUCAGAGGAGGAGACGGUGGAGGUGACGGACCUGAGCGAGGAUGAUGAGGAUGUGUUCAAGGCGCCGCCCGCCCCUGAGCCACCCGCCCCACUGCCACCCCCCACACCUGCUGCUGCUGCACCCCCUAAGCUGCGCUUCAAGCGGCGCUGGAGCGAGGACCGGCGCCUUGAGGCCUCCGCGCCCACCCCUGCCGAUGACAAGAAGGCCAAGGCCGAGCCAGGGCCUGAGCUGCAGCUUGCCACAGCCCAGCUCUCCCUGGAGAACCGGGACUGCUAGACCCCCUCCUCACUGCCUUAUUGCCCCACCCUGUGCUGGGGGGGAGCCUUUAUACCCCUCUCACCAUUACUGGGGGGGUUGGGGGGCACAUCGGGGACCUCUAUGCCUAUACAUAUAUAAAUACCUAUAGAUAUCUCCUAUUUUUCAGCCCCCCCCCCCCCCCCUGCAUGGGGACUGCCCCCCCUUUGUUUAUAGUGAACUUGCUGCCUUGUUUUAGGGGGUCCUGGCCCCCCCCCCCGGCCUUUUUUGGAAGCACAAGAAGCAAUUUCCUCUCCCCCCCCCCCCCCCCCCCCCCCCCGUCAGGCCCCUUUUCUGCAGGGGGGGCCAUGUGCCCCUCUCGGGUCUGCAAGGCCUGGGGGGUUGUGGGCUGGGCUCCACCCCCUUACAUCUCCCCCCCCCCCCACUAUUGAUCUCGGGGUUCCCUGCUGGAAACCAAAAAUCUGCCCCUGGGGCCGGGCCGUGGCCCCCCUACCCCCCCCGGGGCUUUCAGGGCUGUUGCAAGUGCCUGUGCUGUGCUGGGUCCAGGGGGCCGUGCCACCCCCCCCCCCACACACCCUGGGGGGGACCUGAAGUGACUUCUUCCCUUGCCCCCCGCCCCCAUCUUGCCCCCCUAGGAACAGAGAAGCCAUUGACACCCCCCGGGUUCUCCCGCCCGGGGUGGAGAUCCCCCCUCAUCUGGGGGGCAGCGGGGACCCCCCACCUUAGUGACCUUGUUGUACAGAACCGGCCGCGGCUUCUUUUACGAAUGUAUAAAACCCGCGAAAAAUAACCAAUAAACAGUGAUUUGGAGA